AUGGAUGUUAGAGAACAAUAUGAAGAUACAGAAUACGACAGUCACAGACCACCGAAACGUGCACGCAGAACGCCACCACCCUCCAGUGCCCGCCCGUCCACGUCGGGCUCCGUGCAUCCUGGCAGCAAUGGGAACGCACACGGAAAUGGCGGUACACCACAACCUUUGCCUCCUCUAUCAUUGUCAAUUCUCGGCGUCGAGCCAUUGGACGAGUUCAUACGUGAGAUCGCCGACUUUGUGCACCACACAAUCAUGACAAGGCGAGAGGUCGAGGGUCAGGUGGAGGUGGAGGCGAAGAUUGGCGUGCUGAAGGAUAAGGCGAGCGGGCAGAGAAUACAACUGCCGGUGCUUGUUGAGUCGAUACUAAUGCCGAACACGAUCGACUACCGGUUUGAGUCCAAUAUGUCGCCAAUGCAACAUAAACACUUCAAUGAGCUACUAAAUGGCCUCAAAGUCUCACCACCGCCUUCCGCAACAUCUUCGAUCACCUACGCACACCUCCGGCUCGUCGAUUCCUUCUACCAGCACCCCGACUCGCGCGACAAGAUACGCGUGACACGCGACGAGAAGUCGGGGAAGGUUGAACAAUGCGUACGGAAGGUGCGCCUAGGCGACCUGGACAUAUACAGUCCGAAGAGACCAGUCGACUGGCGAAUCAGCGUGAACGUCGAAAUUCCGGUCCCUCCUCCAAUUGGAACCGCUAGCCAUACACGACGAAAAGAUCGGAUGAGUUACUCACACGAGGAGUUCGCCAUCGACCUCACACAAGUAACAUCCUCUUCCGGGCCAGGGACGAAGGCGGAAGUCUUCCACGAACUAGAAAUCGAGUUUGCUCGUCCGGAGUAUCUCCUGUCCGCAGCGAUGAAACGCGGUGAUCCGAGCGUCUCCGACUUGGAGAGGGGCGCAUUCGAUGAGCUCGUCCGAGCGUUCGUGAACAAUGCACGGAUACUGGCGCGGAAUGCGGGGGACUGGGGAAGGUGA